AGAGAAAACAAGCACAGUAACUCAUGGAUCCAGAGGAGGAAUUAUUCCCGUUUGAAACAGAGGAAGAAGAAUUAGUCGUCUCUGAAAGUGCCAUCCGACCACCCUCAGGAACAGACAAGGCUUUGCUAAAAUCAUAUACCUAUACGACUCCAUUGCCUACAUUACUUGAACCGGAUCAGGAAUGCAUCCUUGGCGUAGACGAGGCUGGGAGAGGACCCGUUUUGGGACCCAUGGUGUAUGGUAUCUGCUACUGUCCACUGUCCAAAGCAGAUGAGUUAGCAGGCCUUGGCUUUGCAGAUUCUAAAACUCUCAAAGAGCACGAGAGAGACAAUUUGCUAGAAGUUAUUACAUCACGGCCAGAUUUGAUCGGAUGGAGCGUUCGGAUCCUUUCACCCAUGGAUAUCUCAAAUAGUAUGCUCCGAAAGGAGAAAUACAAUUUGAACGCACUAGCUCAUGAUACGACAAUCCAGCUCAUCCGUGAAACUCUAGCCUCUGGAGUGAAUGUGAAAGAAGUCUACGUCGACACAGUGGGACCACCAGAAACAUAUCAGAAAAAACUGGAGGGACUGUUUCCAUCUAUAUCCAAGAUUGUUGUUGCUAAGAAAGCUGAUUCCAAAUUCCCUAUUGUCUCUGCUGCCAGUAUUUGUGCCAAAGUCACACGCGAUGAUGUUCUAAAACAUUGGAUCUUUGCAGAAACAGGAAUGGAUGAUACAAUAUCUCGUCAAUUCGGAUCUGGAUAUCCAUCUGAUCCCAAGACUGUUUCGUGGCUCAAAGCAAACAUGGAUCCAAUAUUUGGGUAUCCAAACAUUGUGCGCUUCAGCUGGCAGACCUGCAAAACGUUGUUGGAGACAUCAGGAAAGACUGUUCGCUGGCCUGAUGAUGAUGAGAGUCGUUCGCAGCCCAGGAUUACCGCGCUAUUUGGCCAGGCUGGGGGGGACACAGUAGAGUUGACAAAGCAGAAGCGAAAGUACUCUACGUUUGCUUCAAAAACAAAUCCUCGACCCCGUCCACAGCUCAUGCAAGACAUGGCCUUGAAGAACGUGAUUGAUUUUUAAACAGCCA